ACAGUAUGUGCUAGGCCUGUUGUUGGCUACCAGCCUGAGAAGCAGCGUCGCUCAGCUGUGCCUGUAUGUUGAGGCGGGAGAGAGAGCUCAGCCCAGACUGCAGCAGCAGAGGGGGAGACGGGCCGGAUGGAUGAUGCAGCGAAGGACCUGGGGCGAUGUGCUGUGGUGUUGCCGGCUGGGGGCUGUGGGGAGAGACUGGGCAGUUUGACCCCCAAACAAUUUUGCACGGUUCUUGGAAGGCCCCUUAUCAGUCACACACUGGAGGCUUUUGAAAGAGCCAGUUGGAUAAAAGAUAUUAUUGUUGUCGUGGCAUCAGAGAGCCUUGAUUUAAUGAAGGCAAUUAUUCAUAAAUAUGGCCAUCAACGGGUGACACUGGUUAAGGGUGGAGAGACGCGUCACAGAUCUAUCUUUAAUGGACUGAAAGUAUUCUCUGAAAACCAUUCUGAUGACACUGCCAUUGACAAACCAGAGGUGGUGAUUAUACAUGAUGCUGUGCGACCUUUUGUGGAUGAAGAUUUUUUGCUGCAAGUAGCAAAAUCUGCCAAACAGCAUGGGGCAGCAGGAGCUAUCCGACCACUUGUGUCCACUGUUAUUGCCUCCUCUUCUGAUGGAUUUUUAGACUAUUCUCUGGAACGGGCUAGACACAGAGCAAGUGAAAUGCCUCAAGCUUUUCAAUAUGAUGUCAUUUAUCGGGCAUACCUUCAGUGUACUGAUUAUGACCUGGAUUUUGGAACAGAGUGUCUGCACUUGGCUCUGCAAUACAGCAACGUGAAAGCUAAGCUGUUAGAAGGACCACCUGAUCUCUGGAAGGUUACCUACAAAAGGGAUUUAUAUGCAGCUGAAUCUGUUAUAAAAGAAUCCAUCUCUCAGCAGCUGUGCAUUGUAACUAAUGUAAAAAAAGAAGCCAUUGAGGUUGGUUUUUUACUUCAUGAGAAUCUGAAGCUUCAUUAUAAACAGGUGAAGGCAGUUUCAUCAUCUAUGUGCAAAACAAUUCAUCACUUACAAAAUAUUUUUCAUGGACAAUGCUGUAAUUUUAUUUGCAUAAAUGUAAAAGAUUUGGAUUUUGAAGAAACUCAGAAUUUGGUGGAUUUACUUCAAACAACUAAUGCCAGUAUUUCCUAUCCAUUGGUUAUUGUAUCGGUUCAUUUAACUACUGAAGAUUCCAGCAGUGGAAAUAAACUAUCUGGUGUCCGCAAACUUGCAAAAGAAGCACACAAAUCAAAUAUUUUAGUGUAUGGCCUGCUAAUUAAUAUUGAUCAGCAAACAGAAAUGUGCAAUGCUAUUGGUGCAGUCCUCAGUACAUCAAAACCGUGCCAUAGUGCAGAAAAGGACAUCUUUGACCCUAUGUAACUGCUUAUUAUAUCUUUGGGAUUUUUUAUCUUGCAAUGGAAUUAUACUCCUUACGUGCAGCUAUCUCAAAUCUGAUACAAAUCUUCCAAUAAGCCAGUCUGAGAAAUGGGUAUAGUAAGGAAAGGAGUAUUUUUAUUCUCAUUUUUUGUCAUUAUGCUUUGACUUUUACAAUUUUUACAUCGCAUUCUCUUAUAAUCAGCAGUCUAUAAAUGGUAAAAUACAUUGUUUUUUUCAUUUUUGCUGAUUUCAUUUUUAAACUAAAUAUAUGUAUGUAAAAAUCUGCUUAUACUGUUAUACUACAUAAUAUUUAUAUUACUUGUAAAAACAGUGUUAUGCAUUUUUACAAUGAAAUACUGUAUGUAUUAGUACAGACCAGGGAAUAGGCCUAAAAUAAAAGAGGUCCCUGUAAAAUACAUAUUUUUUUUUGUUAAAUUUUGUUUUUUAGACAAUAAAAUUAUGCACUGAUCAAGUUCUUUUGCAAUGUAAUUGUGCAUGUUUAAUAAAUUAGAUUCCACUUCAAGUAUAUGAUGGUAGCCCAAAAAUGACAUACACAGUAGUAUUAGUAUAUGAUUUUAUAUUGAGCUCAUCAUGGAGAAUAAUUAUAGAACAGUUAACGCUGCCUGUAAUCACCAUUCCCUGCUGGUAGCAUUUUUUUACUCCUUGGAAUUAAAACAAUGUAUCUGUAUUUUUGGGUGCAAAGGCUAUUCACAAUAAAAAUAUGAAUGUC